AUGGAUGCGCGAGAGUAUCUACAACAAGUCCAGUCAUUGUGUAACUCUUUCGAUCCUGAGGCUCUUCUAAGAGCAAACGACGCUCCUAUUGACAAUGCUCUUGAAGCUCUCAAGAAGAUGCGCCUUGAGUUGGAGAUCAUCGAGCUUUUGAAGCCAGCCCUGAAUGCAAUGCUACCAGAUUUCACGGGCUUCGAACCACAUAUCCUAACCAGGCUCAAGCGCUUCCUGCCCUACGUUUUCGAGACUCGGGAUGACCCCAAAACCCAGGCUCUUCGGAAGCUGGAUUGCACAUCCAUCAAGAUCUGCGGCUUGUGUCUCACCCAAAAGGCACUUAGAGACCUCAAGCCCGAGCAGCUUGACUUGCUUAUACAGCGGACUGAGACGGCAUCUCGGAAUUUGCUGCAUAUUAUUUCUGCAAAUGACGAUAUUGACAAGGUGGUUCGACUUUGUAAUGUUGAAGGCGAAGACUAUGAACAAUUUAUGACCGACCACAAAAAGGCUCGACGACUUGGUAAAGGGUCCGUCGAGUUGGCUGCACAAUAUUCCUUGGCCGGGCGACCAUGUUGGUGCUUCACCGGGGUGUCGCAGAAAGCUAUCCACUCCUCAUUUGCCAUGCCCUCUGCUAGAGCUGUUCGAGACAUCACGACAUUCUUACCGGUUGACGAGAGUUUCGACUGUAUCAUCAGAAUGACGGUUGGGUUCGACACAGAGCUUCUGAGAAUACUUUUCGGUCACCAAGUGCCUCAACCUAUCACGGCAGAACCCUUUGCACUCGAACGUGCAGUCAGAGGUCAGAUCGGAGCAGUAUUCGGCAGCAUCGUGUUGGGUGGCAUCAUCGCCAGUCAUGCAUGGACAAAGGAGAUACAGGACGGAUUGGAGAUCGAGACAUCAUGUGUGAAGGUACAUGUAUAUCCAGGGUCCUGUCUUAUGGUCACUUUGUGCGUUGGAUGGAUGGAAUGUCUCCAGAUUGUCCAAAUGUUGUACAGGUAA